AUGUCCACCACUAUGGGGUGUGUAAUCACGAAGGACCAAGGCAACGAUGCCGCUGCCAGCAGUAAGUACCCUGUAUUCGUCCAAACAGCUGAAGCGAACUACCCAGACCUCAGCAGUCACAACAACCACAUGGCGAAGUGCUUGACUCCUGAUAUUUAUAAGAAGCUGUUCGAUAUCCGCACUUCAUCUGGUUGUAUUGUGGACAACUGCAUCCAGACCGGUGUGGACAAUCCUGGCCAUCCAUUCAUCAUGACAGUAGGAUUAGUAGCAGGAGAUGAAGAAUGCUACGAAGCCUUUGCUGAUCUCUGCAACCCAAUCAUCAGUGAUCGCCACGGCGGCUACUCAGACACAGCCAGGCAUGUGACCGACCUCAAUCCAGACAAUCUAGUUGGGGGCGACCUAGACCCCAAGUAUGUGUUGUCUAGCCGCGUGCGCACCGGUAGAAGCAUCAGAGGAUACGCCCUCCCCCCAAUCUGCACCCGGGCAGAGAGACGGGAUGUAGAGAAGAUCAUGGUGAAGGCACUGUCAAGUCUUGACGGAGCCUUGAAGGGUACUUACUAUCCACUGACCACAAUGACCGAUGAGCAGCAGGACCAGCUCAUUGAGGACCACUUCCUUUUCGACAAGCCUGUAUCACCCCUCCUGACUGCGUCACGCAUGGCCCGCGAUUGGCCCGAUGCGCGAGGAAUCUGGCACAACGAUCUUAAGAAUUUCCUCGUCUGGAUCAACGAAGAAGACCACGUCCGGGUUAUCUCAAUGGAGAAAGGUGGCAGUAUGAAAGCUGUAUUUACCCGCUUCUGUGACGGUCUGAACAAAGUAGAGGCUUCUCUGAAGAACAACAACUAUGAGUACAUGUGGAACGAACAUUUGGGUUUCGUUCUGACCUGUCCUUCCAACUUGGGUACAGGUGUCCGGGCCGGUGUUCACCUGAAGAUCCCACUUCUCGCCAAGCACGCAAAGUUCGAUGAGAUUCUUGCCAAGCUUCGCCUGCAGAAGAGAGGUACCGGUGGUGUGGACACAGCAUCUACUGAUGGCACCUUUGACAUAUCUAAUCUUGAUCGACUAGGCACUUCUGAAGUUCAACAGGUACAGAUGGUGAUAGAUGGUGUCAAUGUAUUGACGAGCAUGGAGAAGGCUCUUGAAGCUGGCAAAAGUAUUGACAGCCUCAUGCCAGGAAGCAAAGUGGACCCCGACCUUGUAGAUUACCCAGAUCUCAGUAAGCACAGCAACCACAUGUCGCACUGCCUGACAACCAAGAUGUGGAAGAAUAUGAAAGACAAGAAAACAUCCAGUGGGUACACACUUGCAGAUUGUAUUGAAACGGGGGUUAAAAACCCUGGCCAUCCUCACAUCAUGACAGUUGGAGUUGUAGCCGGUGACGAGGAGACCUAUGAUGCAUUUGCUGAGUUGUUAGAUCCAGUCAUCAGCGCAAGACACAGUGGCUAUGCCAAAGAUGCCAAACACCGCACCAACCUCAACCCUGAUGACCUCCGUGGGGGUGAUAACCUCGACCCGAAAUAUGUUCUUUCUUCACGUGUUCGUACUGGGCGUAGUAUCCGUGGUUAUGCACUUCCUCCGCACUGCACCAUGGAGGAGAGGGCUGCUAUCGAAAAGAUCACUGUGGAUGCCCUUGCCGGACUGGACGGCCCCCUCGCAGGCACUUACUACCCCCUUGAAGGAAUGACAGAUGAAGUACAAGAUAAGCUCAUUGACGACCAUUUUCUCUUUGACAAGCCUGUUUCUCCACUCCUAACUGCUGCGAAGAUGGACCGGGACUGGCCUCAGGCUAGGGGUAUCUGGCACAACUCCGAAAAGAACUUUCUGGUGUGGGUGAAUGAGGAGGACCACACUCGUAUUAUUUCCAUGGAGAAGGGUGGCAACAUUAAACGGGUGUUUACACGAUUUUGUGAGGGACUGAAAAAAGUUGAAGACCUAAUGAAGACAGCAGGCAAGGAGUUUAUGUGGAACGAACAUCUUGGAUAUGUCCUGACCUGUCCGUCUAAUCUUGGCACUGGUCUUCGAGGUGGUGUGCAUGUUAAACUCCCUCUCGUCAGUCAACACCCAUGUUUCGAUAAAGUUCUCAAAGCUAUGCGUUUGCAAAAGAGAGGUACUGGCGGUGUUGAUACAGCUUCAACCGAUGGGACCUUCGAUAUUUCCAAUCUAGACCGUCUUGGCACAUCUGAAGUUGAGCAGGUUCAGAGUGUAAUUGAUGGUGUUGAACUACUCGUCAAUAUGGAGAAGGCUCUGGAGAAAGGUCAAACCAUAGACAGCCUACUCCCAGACUCAUGCAAACCAAGACCUCCGACAAAGAUCAUGAGCAGCAACUACCCAGAUCUAAAGAAACACAACAACUACAUGGCCAAAUGUUUGACCCCAGCUAUCUACGACAAGCUUUGCAACCUGAAAACCAAGACUGGAUUCACCGUGGACAACUGCAUGCAGACCGGUGUUGAUAACCCUGGUCACCCGUUCAUAAUGACGGUUGGACUUGUUGCCGGUGACGAAGAAUGCUACGAUCUCUUUGCAGAUAUCUUUGACCCAGUCAUCGAUGCUCGCCAUGGCGGGUACCCCAAGAACGCCAAACAUACAACUGAUCUGGAUGCGUCUAAACUCAAAGGUGGAGCCGAUUUGGACCCAGCGUUUGUACUCUCAAGUCGGGUUCGGACAGGCCGAUGUAUUCGUGGAAUAUCACUUCCUCCUCAUAACAGCCGUGCCGAGAGGGCUCUCGUCGAGAAGAUUUGUGUUGAAGCCCUUUCUACCCUCGACGGCCCACUGAAAGGACAGUAUUACCCGCUUACAGGUAUGUCAGCAGAGACACAAGACAAGUUGAUUGAUGAUCAUUUCCUUUUCGAUAAACCGGUUUCGCCACUGCUUCUUGCUUCUAACAUGGCUCGGGACUGGCCGCAGGGUCGUGGCAUCUUUCACAACGAUGAUAAGAACUUCCUCGUCUGGGUUAACGAGGAAGACCACACCAGAGUGAUCUCCAUGGAGAACGGUGGCAACAUGAAAAGGGUCUUCGAGAGAUUCUGUGACGGUCUGAAGAAGGUCGAGAACUCUGUUAAGAGCAAGGGUUAUGAGUUCAUGUGGAACGAACAUCUCGGGUUUGUACUGACCUGUCCGUCCAACCUUGGAACUGGUCUCCGUGCUGGUGUUCAUCUUAAGGUUCCUUUGCUCAGUAAACAUGAGAAAUUCGAGGCUUUGAUUGAGAAGCUGCGACUGCAGAAACGAGGAACUGGUGGUGUAGAUACAGCUUCCACUGACGGAACCUUUGACAUAUCGAACGCCGACCGUAUCGGUGUGUCUGAGGUCAAGUUGGUACAGAUGGUCGUCGAUGGCGUCAACUUGAUGGUCAAGAUGGAGAAAGCACUGAUGGCUGGUGAGAAGAUCGACGGCCUACUCCCAAAAGGGAUUUAGAUCAGAGGAGGAACUCAAAUAAAAAAAAUAAAAAAAAUGUUGUUAAAAUAUUUAUUUUGUAUUC